UGUGUGUCGGGGGGGGGGGGGGGGGGGGGUUAGUUGACAAAAUUAGGGGUUUUCAGUCGCCGGCCGAAGUAAAAUUAGAUUCAACCAGAGACGCUCUAUGGAUCCCUCCGCCGCCAACAAUCCUGAAUUGCUUCGCUUCCUUAAUGAAGAACAGCAAAGGGUGAUGAUGAACGAGGCGGUGGCGAAGCUGACGAGCGUGUGUUGGGACAAAUGCGUGACAAGCGCACCGGGUAGCAAGUUCAGCCCGAGUGAGUAUUCAUGUCUCACACACUGUGCUAAGCGUUACGCUGACAUGAGUAUGCUCAUCAUCAGAAGCACUCAGUCCAAGAAGUGACUUACUCCCUUAACCUCCUUUGCCUCUAACUUGUUGCAGCUCAAACUUGUGAUGUUUCAUAUGGAAGAAUAGUUUUUUUUUCAACUACUCCAAGAAUUAGAUUUUUUUAUUGAACA